UGCUCGGGCGAAUAUUACGUGUCGCCGCGACCGCCGUCAUCCGCCAACUUUUUCGAAAAUCGAAUAACUUUUCAAAUGUGGAAUUAGCGAAUGAAAAUCUGAAUUAUCGAACGCUUUCGCUGGUUUAUUGUAAAUUUGUGACUGGUCAUAGAGUGUAUAUUUUUUUUUGUGGUGCUUUUUGGGAUUUUUUUUUCGCCAAUUUGGAGUGCUGGAAAGAUCAAAAAUGGAGAUGAAAUCGCCAAAGGCGAAGAAGAAAUCGAGUAUGGAACGCUUGAUAAGUUGGGGCAAGAUGUCCCGCACGCCGCUUCUGAUACUCCUUCUACUCGGCACCACCAGCUGCGACGAAUCGGAAUCCAGCGACGAGCUCGACUACGUUCAAAUUUCGAACAAUUCAAAUUUUAAUAUAAUAGACAAUUCCAAUUUGAAAUUCAGGCACGGACAUUCGUUUAUGCAGCCAACUCUGAAUAACAGUGAAAGACAAAAACUAAGUGAUAUAAAACAUUUUAGGAAGCAUUUGAAUAAGGAGAUAGUGAAUUUUGUGAUGAUAGACAAUUUAAUUGAUGGUGAAGUGGAGGUUCGUGUGCAUUAUAACGGAAUUACUGCGAAGGAGACUGCUGUUGGUGCUGGAGAACACAGCAUGAAACUUCGUCAGCUGACUGACGGCCGCCAUCUUGUCCAAGUCAUAUACACUCCAAAUGGCGACAUACAGGACUGCGAAUACGUAGCUCAGGGAAAAUCUACUAGAAACUUCUUAAAAACUCUACGCAAGGAACUUAAAUUAGCUUUAGACGAAGAAAGUUAUAGAUUGUUACAAAGAGAUUACAAAAAUGGUGGAGACGAGAAGUUUUAUACGCAUUUUGGGAAUGUAACAUUUAGGUUAUUGACGAAUGGGGAGACCUUGCCUAGAGAAGUGGCCUCGUGGCUAGAUUAUGACAAACUCAAGAUGGACUGCUUGAGACGACACGAAGAGUUGAGGUUUAUGAUGGAAAACAGAAAUAAAGUGUCAGAGAACUCUUUGUCCAGGUCGCGGCGUUCAAUCCGGGAGAAUUUCAUAGUGCCCGGGACCAAAUGGUGCGGGGCGGGCCAACUUGCCGAACAGUACCACGAACUCGGCGCUGAUAGGACAGAAGAUCGCUGCUGUAGGACCCACGACAAUUGCAGGGUUAAUAUCGGCGCUUUUAGACGAAGAUUCGGAUAUUUCAACUUUAGGCCGUACACGAUAUCUCACUGCAAGUGCGAUAGGAGGCCGAAACGUGACGCCAUGGAGAUUCUGAGGGUGCCCGGCACAAAAUGGUGCGGGAAAGGUUUCUCAGCUACACGCUACUCCCAACUGGGAGGGUACACUAGGACGGAUAGGUGCUGCAGGGUCCACGACCUGAGGUGUCCCUUCUGGAUUGGCGGCAUGGAGAAGAAGUAUGGAAUAUACAACUGGAGAGUGAACACGUUGAUGCAUUGCCGGUGCGACGAGAGAUUCCGCGCCUGCCUGAAGCUCGCAGACACGUCAGUUUCCAACAUGGUCGGAAAGUUAUUCUUCAACGUAGUCCAAACUAAAUGCUUCGUGCUGAAACCAGUUAAAGUGUGCACGAAAAGAUCGUGGUGGGGGAAAUGUCUAAGGAGGGGGUUCACCAAGCAAGCAUUCUUGAGGGACAAUCUUCCAUAUUGAAGUUUAUGUUGUUAGGUUGGCAGUUUUUACGCGCGCUUUUUUAUCGAACUACCAAAUAUGCUACGUUAUUAAAAUAAUAGAUUGAUGGAUUACUUUUGGGAACAGAUCAAGUGACCUGAAGAAACCUCCGGUGACGUGUUUGGUGGUCACAAGGCAUGUCUAAACUUCUCUCUUCUAUCUUUUUCGUUUACCUUGUUGUUAGAGAGAGUAGGAAGACAUAUGCCAAAGUUUCAUGAAUAAACUAUUAUUAUCAAACGUGAAAAGCAGCUAGCAGCCUAUUAUGCUCAACAUACUUAAUUAUUUUUCAAUUUUCUUUUAUUAAUUCUUAUUUAUUUUAACUCUACUUAUAAUAAAUCUCGAAUCUUGUGAUAUAGCUGUGCUAAAGUAUACUGCUCACAACUUUCUGGGAAUCUUCUAAAAAUCCCAACUUCAACCCAAUUUCUGUAACGGGUUUAAACGGUUGUAAGUGUUCUCGUCUGAUCUUAACCACUGUUCGUUAAUUAAUAGUAACACGUUUUCCAACAUUAUAAUAUGUCGUAGUCGGUGUUAAGUAGUGGAUAUUUAAAAUUAUUUUCAAAAAAAGUUGAUAUUGAAAAUAAUAUCAAGAACAAAUAACAUUUGCACAAAAUCUAUAAAUAAUAUUAUAUUAUUCAUCGGUAAGAAAGAAGCUAUCAACUUAAAGGUACUGAAGUAUUAAGUCGGUAUUUUCUACUCCAAUUAACUAUCUUGGACAUGAAAUUGUGUGGUCCCACACCGGGGUAGAUUUGUACAGCCAGCUAUGGACGCCAUCUUAAUUUCUUUUUCGCGCUCAAAAUCAAUGAAAAAAAUCAGUUGUGGGUUAAAAAAUAUACCUCUAAUUGAUAUUGUUAAACAAUAUAAUAUCAACAUAUUGUUAAACAAUAUAAGCAGGAGCAAAUAUUACUAGUAAAAAGUAUGUAAGUAUGUUCUUCUUUCCAUAUAUUUUCUACCCCUACUCUUGACGUCUACAAUAAUAAUCAAUACCUAUGAAAAUAAUCUCAAACAUAAUAUAAGCACUUUGUUUCUUUUAAACUUGCCAUAACAUUUAAGUUAGGAAAUCAAAUUUCUAAAGUAUCAAUAAAUUUAAGUAUCUUUUUCAACAAUGCUGUCGCGUGUAGGUAAGGCAUUUUCAAUAUCAGCCCUAAAAUCAAAUAAAAAAGGAAAGAGUUUCGUUUUUAAUCUUCACCUUUAUAUUUUUUUUUUUCAUAAAUAAUACCCAUAAAAAUGGGAAUAAGAACGGAAUCUUUCCUCCAAUUUCAAUGCCUUCGCCGUAAUUUUUAUUUGGCAUUUGCCUGGAUUAUAUCAAAUUCUUUAAAUUUAACAACAAAAUUCAUGUAAAGCCAAGUGUAAUGUAUUUUUUUAUUUAUUUAUGUAUAAUUAGAGAUUAAGUAGAAUAAGAAAAAGAAGCAAUAAUAAUAGAUAAUUUAUGUCUAUAAUGCAUUUUGACAAAUCAGUUACCUAUAAUUUAUUUCGUUACUGCUUAAAUUGCAAAUAUUUUUAUAAGAUACUUACUAAAUUAAAUAAUUCUACUAAAUUAUGAGUGUACUUAGAAUACAUAUUAUUAAUAUAAUUUUAAUUAAGUAAUAUAAUAUAUGUAACGUGUUCAGACUUAUAUUUGUGUCACUCCCAAUUAAAAUUUACUACUUACAUAAUUGAAAUUGAAAACUUUUAUAAAUAAUUAUGAAUGAAAGAUGUUUAACUAAUGAUGAAUAUCUAUCUACAUGUAAUGUAAGUCUGAACACUUUUAUUUAUAAACAUAUCUUCAUUGUAAUAAUUAUCUAGAUUUAACUAUAAAUAUUACUGGAGGCUGCGUAUGGUGGGGUAAAAUGAACUGACAACAAAAAAAAUCACAGUAGAUAUAUCUACUAAAAUAUAUUAUCAGACCGCAUACCUAAUUAAUACUAUUUCGGUAUCACUGAAAGCGUACACUCAGAAAUAUUUACUCCUAUACACAACAUUAAAAAAAAAUCGCUCUAUUUUCCUCACAUUUGAAUAACGAAUGGCCGUUGCCAAACUGUCGAAAAUGCAAACAAAACAGCGGCGCCCGCCAAAUGCAGUCCACAGAUAAUAAAUCGAAGUUCCUCUUUGACAAUAUUCGUCUAGAAUGUGAUUGUGUAGCAUUAGAUGUUGUGCUAAUAUAAGUCGUAUUUUAUUUAAAAAAAUAAUAUAUAUUUCACUGGAUUUUUAGUAAGACCUAUCUCAGUGUUAUGUCACUGUUUAAAUGUAUAUAAAUCAACAUCGUGUAAACUUUUGUAAGUAAGCAAUAACUAGAUACAGUUAUCAACCCUUUUUGGAUAUCUCCCAUCUUAAAUUACUUAAUCUGGCGUAGAAAAGCUGCUUAGUAUUGCAAUUUUGCGUUUAAUUAUGACGUGAAACGGGGCAGCAAUAGUUUAUCGCGCGAUAAAAACAUCGUGGCAUGCCAUGCCAACUCCGCUGGUAAAGGUGUGAACAGACCGUAAUCUUAAGUCAUAGCAUAGCUCUUGCACUGAGAUGGAUGGACAGGUAGGUACCUAUUUAGAAAGAAUCCAAAAGGUUUUUCUCUUUCUAAACAACUAAUUAAUUUUCUUAGAUUUUAACAUAGUUGUAAGUCAAUCUCGUAAUUGUUGUAGGUAGAGAUAGAUUAAUCUUGUAAAUAUUUUAUAUUGAGUUUUUAUUUUUUUGUUUUACUACUUAAAUAGA